CGCAGAUUCAUGUAGUGUUUGGACUUGCCAAUAACCCAUGUCUGUCAAUCUCAACUGCUGGGUACUUGGCGAUGGGACUGGCCAAGUGUUCUCGGUCAAAAUUGCAAGUACAGAGUCUGUCAUUGCCCUCAAGGAAGCAAUCAAAGACAAGAAGAAGGUCGCUCUCCAACACAUUGACGCAGAUGCCCUCACACUCUGGAAGGUUUCCAUCCCAGUCGACGAUGGCUUCGAGGAGAAAGUUAAACUUCAAAACGAACUAUUGCCUGUGAAGAGAUUCUCGUCUUUAGUGCCACAAUUAGAUCUUCCUAUUCUCGAACUGUACUGUCUCAUUUGUGGCGGUGACGCCAACAAUAUCUUUCCGGUCAAAAUUGCGAGUACAGAGUCUGUCGGUACCUUCAAGAAAGCCAUCAAGGAGGAGAAGAAGGUUAAUCUCGAACACGUUGACGCAGACUCCCUCACACUCUGGAGGGUUUGCAUUCCAGUCGAUUAUAAUUUCGAGAAUGCAAAAGGGAUCGAUCUUAAGAAUGAGGAAAUGCUAUCACCUGCAUGGGGUUCAUCUGUUUCACAAGAGGCCCCUUCCUCAGGAGGCCUACCUAAAAAGUUUGUUGCCAUUCAGAAAAAGGAAAAACCUGCGUUUGCGUUAAUCGCCCCCCAACCGCCGCUGCCACGAUACCCAUCUCACUAUCAUCCCAUAUUCAGCCAGUUCCAAGAUGACUGUAAAACUUAUACACCCACCAAGAAAGACCAUGAUUUCGCUUUAAAGUUCUCCCAUUCUAUGUCAAAUAUUUACGCCAACGAAGGGGACAGGGCUGACCAAGCUCGAAAAGAUUUCGCAAGCUAUGGUCUCGACUUUUUGCCCACUGGAAUUGGCAAGUAUUGUACUGAUGGAGAUCUUUGCUACAAGGGCUUUUGCUUUGCACUCAUCGAGGCCAAGGCAGAGCUUUCCACCAGCGGUGCUGAGCCUCUUUUCGAGGCUGCCUGGUAUUAUAGUGCCUUCAUAAGGAACCACUUUGACGAAACCUGUUCGCGUGCCCACAUUGGCUUUGCCGGUGCCGUCUUGACCAUUCACCCUCAUCUUGAGGUCCUAGCCCCCAUGUUGCCGCUCUUCUAUCAUGCAUCCAACGUUGAUAUGCGCAUGCAAGCUGCCCAUUUUUUUGGUGCAACAAAAAAUGCGAUUCUCGCAUUGAAUAGCUACUACGAAUCCGAACUUCCACAUAUAACCUCUAACCCAAUCAUUACGUUUCCGUAUCCUACUGACUUCGAUUCCCCGUGCAGUACCACAAAGUACCCAUUUGAAUACUCAUCGCAGCUUGACGAGAACAGACUCCUAUUUUCCGGCACUGUCGGUGAUGAGAAAAUAUUCAUCAAGUUCACCCACCGAUGCUCUGAGGAUGCACUUCUCGCAUGCUUCUCGCUUGGUUGUGCACCUGCUUUGAAGAGGUGUCAGCCCAUUGCGGGUGGAUGGUAUAUGGUUGUCAUGGCUUUAAUCGAGGAUGAUUAUCAUGAAUUGCGGCAUUCAGAGAUGAAAGUCUUGUUCAAAGAUGAAAUCGAAGAGAAGGUGCAGGCGCUCCGCCAACAAGCAUUUGUGCAUGGUGAUAUCCGAACCACCAACGUCAUGGUGCGGAAAGACGGUAAGCCUGGAAUUCUACUAGUCGACUUUGACUGGGCAGGUAAAAUUGAGGAAGUGCGAUAUCCAAUGAAUGUGAAUAAUGUUGAUAUCAAGCGACCUACAGGAGCAGUUGAUGGCGAGCUUAUUAAGCCUGACCAUGAUAUUGAUAUGAUAAAGUAUAUGUUUCAAUGAAUUUAUUAAUUGAUAACACCCCACCUGGAUCACACCCUCU